CUGCCUCUGAAGCAGUGUGGGGAGAAGAGAGGAGAGAGACGAGAGGCGAGGAAAAGGAGAGGAGGCAGCAGCCCACUGUUCCCCUGGGCCUUUGCCUCACUGCAGCUCCACUGGCUUGAUAACCACCUCUCAAAGCAAGAGAUCCCGUUCUCCGGAUCACUGGUGAAGAGAACCGAGGGCAGAUUAUGCUCAGCAUGGCUGGCAGGGCCGUGCACCAGGUGGCCUUGGCUCUGUUCCUGAUGUCCAGCCUGGCAGCAGGAGCUUGGGUGGGCUGCCCCGGGGCCUGUCGCUGCUCCUUCGCCAUGCUCCAGUGCCUGGAGACGGAUGGCAUCACGAACAUCCCGGUGCUGGCUCAGCAGGAGAGUGAGAAUGUCACGGAAAUCUACAUCGAGAACCAGCCGAACCUGCAGCAGAUCAAGGACACGGACUUCAUCAACUACAGAGAGCUGAAGAACCUCACAGUUACAGACUGCGGCUUGCUGUUCAUCUCUGAUAGAGCCUUCCAAUACAACUCCAAGCUGCAAUACGUGAACCUGGCCUCAAACUUGCUCAGGGACAUCAGCUGGAAGGUCUUCCACUCGCUUCCUCUGCUGAACCUGGUUCUGAGGGACAACCCCCUGACCUGCUCGUGCGGUCUGUUCUGGCUCCAGCAGUGGCAGAUGACGAGGCGAGCCGACAUCGACAGCCAGCAGAGCUGCUGGUACAACGACAGCAGCGUUCAGCUCGACAGGUUUAUGAUGGAGAACUGCAGUGUUCCCGAGGUGUCUAUCAACGCUCCAGAACUGCCCAUUAAGGAGGGGGGAAACCUGACGUUUGAGUGUCGGGUCACCGGCAAUCCACUGCCUAGUAUCCGGUGGAGGACGGAGCACCUGCAUUCCACUUUUAUUCUGGAGCGAGGGAUCUGGGGCUCCACCUUGGAGCUGGUGCUUCACCUGUUAAACGUGUCGUAUGUGGACAACCUGCACAACCUGACCUGUGAGGCAGAGAAUGAGGCGGGGCCGAGAGAGGCGGCGGUGCAGCUCAACAUCGAGUUUCCAGCCAACAUCCUGUUCCUGAAGGUUCCAGAGCAGCAGCAUCACUGGUGUUUCCCCUUCGCUGUGGACGGAAAUCCGCCACCGACCAUCAAGUGGCUGUACAACAGCACGCCGCUGGUGGAGACGGUGUACGCCUACACGCAGUUCAUCCCUGACUCGGACGACGGCUCCGUCUAUCACGGCUGCCUCUUCCUCAACAAACCCACUCACCUCAACAACGGCUACUACACGCUCAUCGUGGAGAACGCGCUCGGCCGAGACGAGGCCACCACUUUCGGAAAGUUCAUGGACAAUCCCUUCGACCCCUUCGACCCGGAAGGCAUCAUCCCCGUGCUGCCCAGUGACCCGACAGCUCCUACUAACAAGUCCAAUGAGGGCGUGACGGAGAAGCGGGACAGCAGCCUGCUCGGGGUGUCCGUGGCUGUGGGUCUUGCCGCGUUCGCUUGCACCUUCCUGCUCAUCAUGGUGCUGGUGAUCAAUAAAUGUGGGCAGCAAUCCAAGUUCGGCAUCCAUCGCUCGUCCGUUCUGGGGAAGGAAGAUGACUUGGCCGUCUCGCUCCGCUUUAUGAACUUCGGAGUCAGUCCUCCUUCCUCGGAUGAAGGCAUGCUGGACUCGGGUCUGUCUAGCUUUGUGGAGAACCCACAGUACUUCUGCGGCAUCAUCAAAGACAAGGACAUGUGUGUGCAGCACAUUAAGAGGCAGGACAUCAUGCUGAAGUGGGAGCUGGGAGAAGGAGCUUUCGGGAAGGUUUAUUUAGCCGAGUGCGCCAACCUCUGUCCAAACACGGACAAGAUGCUGGUGGCUAUAAAGACGCUGAAGGACGCCAAUGAGUCGACUCGCCAGGACUUCCAGCGCGAGGCCGAGCUCCUGACCGUUCUCCAGCACGAGCACAUCGUCCGCUUCUACGGAGUGUGUACGGACGGGGAACCUCUCGCCAUGGUGUUCGAGUACAUGCGCCACGGCGACCUCAACCGUUUCCUCAGAGCUCAUGGUCCAGAUGCUCGGAUCCUGGAUGAAGUAAAGAUGCCCCCGAUGGGUCAGCUGACCCUGCUUCAGAUGCUCCAGAUCGCAGCCCAGAUCGCCUCCGGUAUGGUCUACCUGGCUUCACUCCACUUCGUGCACAGAGACCUGGCCACCAGAAACUGCCUGGUUGGUGAAGGACUCGUGGUGAAGAUCGGUGACUUCGGCAUGUCCAGAGAUAUCUACAGCACUGAUUACUACAGGGUCGGUGGAAGAACCAUGCUACCAAUUCGCUGGAUGCCUCCUGAGAGCAUCAUGUACAGGAAGUUCACCACGGAGAGCGAUAUCUGGAGUUUCGGGGUGGUUCUGUGGGAGAUCUUCACCUACGGAAAACAGCCAUGGUAUCAGCUGUCCAACAGCGAGGCGAUCGAGUGCAUCACGCAGGGCCGAGAGCUGGAGCGGCCGCGGACGUGUCCUAAAGAGGUCCAUCAGCUCAUGCAGGGCUGCUGGCAGAGAGAACCACAACAACGCCUCGUCAUCAAGGAAGUCUACAACCGGCUCGUGGCUCUGGUCAAGAACCCACCGGUCUACCUGGACAUCCUGGAGUGAGAGAGUGAGAGAGAAAAAGAGAGAGAUCUGCAAAGGGACAGCUGGAGGUUUCGGUUCAAACAGAGAAACAUUUGUGGAGAGAAAAAAAGAGACAAAAGGACUGAAGAAGAUCCCCAGAAGUCCCUCUGUUCUGUGUGCGGUCAAACCCCAGCAUCCGUCUGGACAUUCGGCAAGGACAGAUCGGCCAGAACGUCUCACAACUCCAUGAUAACUCCGCCCAGUCGUAAAAAAAAAUUUUUUUUUAAAAGUCCACUCAGCCCUUUGGGUUCAGGUCAGUGGGAGAAGGUGGUGUUUAUGUGGUGAGAGGAACGUGUAAUCAGCCCUUUCUCAGCUCUUCCUGUUGUCUUUGUGUCUUUUUUCCUCCUACGAGUCAUGUCGCAGUGUUUAUUGCGUACACAGUGUCGUGCCGAGUCGAAUGCAUCAGAGAGUUCACACUUCCCUUUGUCUUGCAGUUGUGAAGAAUUCCUGUAUUAUAUAGAAACGUUAUAAGUGCACUAAAGCCGCAUGUAUUCACCUCCCUUAUUCUUAAACAGAUACCUUUUCACACACAGGUACAAGGGCACACAGAAACACACACACACAGGUACACACACAGGUACACACACAGGUAUACAUACAGGUACACACACUGGUAUACACAGAGUUACACACACAGGUAUACACACACAGGUAUACACACACAAGUAUACACACAUAAGUAUACACACACAGGUAUACACACACAAGUAUACACACACAGGUAUACACACACAGGUAUACACACAAGUAUACACACACAGGUAUACACACAAGUAUACACACACAAGUAUACACACAUAAGUAUACACACACAAGUAUACACACACAAGUAUACACACACAGGUAUACACACACAGGUAUACACACACAGGUAUACACACAAGUAUACACACACAGGUAUACACACAAGUAUACACACACAAGUAUACACACA